ACUUGCCAUCUCCUUCCUUUCGCUCCGCUCGUUUUUUAGAGCUUUAACCAAAAAAUUUUUGGAUAACGUCUGCAUACGCCGUUUAUUAUUAUUUUUCACUGUGUGAAAAAACGUAAUUACUUUCGCAUAUAUUAUUGCAAAUUGCAUUUAACUUGCAAAUAGCAAAGUUGCGCAUAGUACAUAUGUGAGCAAUAAAAAUAAAUGAUAGGCAAAGGAAGAACACAGAAAAUUACUACAUAAGUAAAUAGGGGAAAAGUGAUCGAACAGCGGCAACAGCAGUGGAGUCAGUAAAAGUAUAUAAUAAUUGUUACAAAAAGAAUCACGGAGAGUUACGGGCACAGUUAACACCUUCUACCCAAUUGUUGUGAAUUGAUGCUUAAAUGUUAUUGAAAGCAAGUGACCAAAAAUCUUAAACCCGAAACGAAAACAACAAUAUAAAUACUUCCACAAGUCAACGUAUGCACGGAGCUCUAGCAAAGAGCGAUAAAAGAGACACGACCGCAUUUUGUUGCAUUGGUAAACGCUUUUACUGAUUGUUUAUAAUUGUGGCGACUUACAAUUCGAAAGUAAACGAUAAACAUCAGCACCGUUAAUUUGAUUAGCGAUAUCAUAAUUCACCUAAAUUCGCGAUAUCAUCAUUAAGUUGUGUGGCGGCUUUCAUUAAAAAUGGCUGCGGUAAAUGAUUGCUUCACGAUUGGAUCAUCUGUGCUGUGCACGACCUGUUUCAACGAGGAAGUGGAAGGCGAAGUACUAGCAUUUGAUCAUAACACAAAAAUGCUCAUUUUAAAAUGUCGUUCGAAAAACUCAGAGCAACUAAAUGAUGUUUACGUCCUGAAUUUGUCGCUAUGCAGCAAUGUAAAAGUGAUUAAGGAGUGCAAUGGCAACUUUGUUGAAGAUCCACAAAAGCUGAACUUGGAACAAAUAAAAAUUCGACUUCGCAAUACAGUGCAGCAACGACAAACUUAUCUUAAGUCAAGAAAUGCGGAUGUUAGUUUAGAAGCACAGGAAUUGUACAGAACAAUUGCAAAGCAGUUUAAGUCGAAUGAAGUAUCCUGGCAAGGUACCAACAUACAAAUAUUUAACGAAGUCACUGUUUCUCCACCGUAUAGAGUGGAAAAUGUCAUUUCAACUUCAAACAACAAGUCCUUAUGCAAUUACAUAAAGAAAAUGAUUGAGAAAUUUUUCGAGGGUUCCUCCCAAGAUAAUAGCUCAGCUGCUGCGGGUACGUCUUCAGCUUCUUCGUCCACAUCGUCGUCGUUGUCAUCAUCAGCACCUUCGGCCUCAGUAGGUACAUCGUCGAGUAAUGCGGCACCAGCUUCACCUGUGCCAGCCAAUUAAUAGAAAAGACCACAAAAAUCGUUUAAAAAAAUAUAUAUAUUUAAAAAAGCACAGAA